AUGGCAACGCCCGGCUUACUCUACGUUAAAAUGCAGCCCAAGCCGGACCUCCCGGAAGCGCAAUUCCACGAAUGGUACAACAACGAACACGGACCGACACGCCUCCGUUUCGCGCACAUCUUCCCCAACGGGUUCCGUUACCGGGCCACCGACAACAAGGAACCGACCUACCUCGCCGUCUACGACGUCACAGACACGGCCCUGCUCGAGACCAAAGAGUACACCGACCUCCGGGCCCACCGCUCCGCCCACGAGGCCGCGACCAUCGGCCAGGUCGACGUCCGGCGAGACAUCUACGACCUAGUGCACGAGCGAUCCAACGAAGCCUUCCGGCCCUUGGAGUCCCUGACCGACGCCGACGCCGAGGGGACCCAGCUCGUCGUCAACGAGACCACCGUCAAGAACGACUACAGGCAGGCCGAAGAAGAGUACACGACGUGGUACGAGGAGGAACACGUCGACAUGCUGUCCCGCGUGCCGGGGUGGCUGCGCACCCGCCUGUUCCGCACCUCGCCGAUCGGCAACCCUUCCCGGACGACCCUCCUCUCCGUCACCGAGUACGCCCGGGAGAACGGCCUGGGCGGGCCCGAGCAUAAAGCCGCCAUGGACACGCCGUGGCGGACCAAAGUGACGGCCGGCUGCGUCGAUGCCAAGGAACGGCGCACCUACUCCCUCUUCUACGUCUUCGGCCCCGCACCUAGGGACUUGGCGCACCUCGCCCACCUACCGUCUUCCGGCCGGGCCUUCAGCUACGGCGUCGCCGGCCCGCGCGACGAAACCACCACCACCACCACCACGACACUCGCGGGGGACAGACACCCGGGCAUCAGCUCCUACAUCACGACGAAAUCCGACGGGCUGAACAUCCGCUACCGGCUCGAAGGCAACCCGUCCCCCGCGGCCCCGACCGUGGCGUUCUGCAACUCGCUCCUCACGUCGCUGCACAUGUGGGACCCGCUGGUGCAGAUCCUGAAGACGGAGAGGCCCGACCUGCGCAUCCUCCGCUACGACGCGCGCGGCCGCCACGCCGUCCCGAAGCCGCCGCGCCCGGCCACCCUGGACGUGCUGGCCGCCGAUUUGGACGAGGUGCUCGACGCGCUGCGGAUCGAGAGGCUGGAUGCGCUGGUGGGCGUGUCGAUGGGGGGCGCGACGACGCUGAGUUUCGCGCUGCGGUACCCGGGCCGCGUGGGGAGGUUCGUGGCGUGCGAUUUCAAUGCCGCGAGCAGUGCGGCGAAUACGCAGGCUUGGAAGGAUAGGAUCGAGGUCGCGGAAGCGGACGGCGGGACGGGGAUCAAGACGCUGGCGACGCAGACGGUGGGGAGGUGGUUUCACCCUUCUACCGUGGAGGGCAAGGAGACGUUGGUGAACCUCAUGACGGAGAUGGUUGCGGCGAAUGAUGUGGAAGGGUUCAGGUAUAGUUGCCAGGCGUUGUGGGAUUACGACUUGAAGCCGCGGAUCGGGGAGUGUAGUGUGCCGGGUCUGUUGGUUGUCGGCGAGGGAGAUGGCAAGGGCGCGCUGGUGAAGGCUAUGCAAGGGUUUGCUGGGGCUCUUGGAGCCGAGGGGACGAGGUUGGCCAUCGUGCCGGAGACGGGACACUUGCCCAUGUGGGAGGAUGCGGACGCUUUUUGGGAGGCCGUGAGGGAGUUUCUAUAG